GAUUGGUUCUCAACACCUGUCAUUCAACUCUUCCCCCGGCCGCUACUGGAGAGAGAAGGUGGACACAAUAGUAGCGCCAGCAGGUAGCUCUUGUGUUGCUGAAAUGGUCUAACCACUUUGAUUAAAGUAGGAAACUAGCAACAAUAAACAAGGAGAGAUUCGUGAAUGAGAAGUUAUACAACGUCGUAGAGCUGACGACCCCGUCCAAACGGCGUGUGAAUUGAAUAUUCCGGCUGUUUUUUUGGUGAGACUCUACUGGGAGACAGAACUGUGCUGCUCAAGUCACCGCCGUCAUACUGCCUCCUGGGUUUCAUCUUCAUCACCACCAUCUUCUUACCGCUCACUAGACCUUCGCCAUCAUCUCCACUACUCACAGGAUUUUCACGUCGUUCCCCUACUCUAUUCUCUGAGGAGCCAGAUGGACAGUUUUACCUACUAAGGGUGGUGUGUCUCCAAGUGAAAUACAGGCCAGCCCGAAUACAAAUGCAACUCUUCCCUGCAAUGUGACGUUCGCUCUUUCUGUAAAGGGGGACAAAAUACACAAGUCUCUCAUCAAAGUCAGCUGGAUAAGUAACGGCUCUGACAUCGCCUCAUUCAGAGAAGCGGCAACUCAAAUAAAGGAAGGCUUCAGUUGGGACACCACUGAUUUCAUCAACGGGGACUUUUCACUGACUGUCCUCAGAGCCAGUCUCGACCUUCAGGGGCAGUAUGAAUGCACAGUCAGCUACAACUCCACAAUGCUGCACUCCAGCAACGUUACAUUCAGUAUCCUCGCUUCCCCCACUCUAUCCAUCCCUCAGCAGUGGGUGGUGUUAGAAACAGAGAGCCACUUUACAUGCCAUGCAGAUGGUUUCUACCCUCCUCCUGUUUCUUUCUCCUGGACCAGAGAUGGACAAGUGAUUCAACCUCCUUACCACAUUGAAGGUGAACAGACUCCAGAUGGGUACUACAUGGCUGUGGGCAACCUGACCUUCUACCCUUCCCGCGAGGACCAGAACGUGACCUUUGGCUGCAAAGUGUCACACUAUGGCAGCUAUCAAGAGCUGGAUUUCCAACUCAAUAUUACCUACCUUCCUUCUGUUAGACUUGCUGCAGUACUUUCACACGCCAACAACAUUCCUCUCACUCUUUACUGUGACGUGGAGAGUUUCUACCCAGAGGAAGUAUCUGUGUCUUGGCUUCAAAACAGCACAGUCCUCCCUCAGCCCCCCGCCACUGAGCUGAACCCAGAUGGGACUUACAGAACCAGGCACUAUUAUACUUUGAGCCCUGAGCAGAGGGAGCAAGGUGGGAAGGUGGAAUGUACAGUAAACCAACCUGGGGUAGUGCACCCUGUCAGUGGCUCAGCGUACCUCGAGAAACUGGACCCUCAAGCUGAGGCUCCAGUGUUGACUAAAUCAGCCAAAGCAUCUGUGGCUUUGAUGUGUAUAUCUCUGGUACUGGUCGUCCUGCUCUGCUUUGGCGUUUCUUGGAGAAGAAGGGAUGAGAAAAAGAAGUCUCUGAAUGUAUCAGGGAUCAUUCUCCCUCCACGUGUGAUUGUUGGUCAAAAGGGCAGGGUGACAAUGAGCAUUGAGGGCCAGAGGGUGGACCGAGUCCAGACAGCAUGGUUUCUCAAUGACACCCCUAUCUCUGACACUUCACUCACAGCAUCAGAGAAAGGCCCUCUGCUCCCCUCCAGAGGCGAGACGGGUUACUACAAGCUGCACACUCUGGGGCCGCUGUACUCAUCUGGAAGUGGCACUCAACAGCUGAUAUCCUCACUCACCUUCAUCCCCCAGAUUUCAAUCCACAAGGGGGCGGUGUUUAAGUGUCAGGUGUCCUACAUGGGCAAAGAUAAGAUCGUGGUGGAGAGGGUGUCAGAGAAGUUUACAAUCUUGUCUGCUCCAGAAGUAUCAGAAAUCCAGCUGGCAGAGACACCAGGUGACUCUGAUGUCAUCAGCAUGACUGUCCAGGCAUCACAUUUCCAUCCGGACGUCAUUACCUUCCGCUGGUUCUGCCAGGGGAGUGAGCUGAGCCCUGUCGCCUCCCAGGCCUCGUCCUCCCCUAGACCCAAUUCUGAAGGAGUCUUUUCAGCCUUCAGCCAGUGUAAACUGCCUCGGAGUGAACUGGAAAAGGGAGGCACGAAAGUGUGGGUCAGUGUCCACCACAUCGCCCUGAAGCAGCCAGUUACCCGUGAGACCAGAGGGUUCAUCAAGAGGCCGUGUGUGUCCGAAAUCGUUGGCUCCACUUCUUCCCCAGAGAAGACUUUGAUCCUUGGAUGUGAAAUCACAGAUUUCUACCCCCCGAACGUAUCAGUCACCUGGCUGAAGCUCAGGGGGGGAGAGCAAGAUGACCGAGAGGAGGAGGUGAUAGUGGGAGGAGAGAUGUGGGGCCCCAUACAGACUCAGCCCAGACUCUACAGGGCCACAGCCACUCUGAAGAGAAGGCCAACAAAUAAGGAGAAAAAGGAGAGAGGAGGAGGGAUUAUUUGUAGAGUCGAGCACUGUUCCCUACACGAGCCUAUUGAGAAACACUGGAGAAAUGUUGACGUUGUUGCUCCCUCCAUUCCUCCAUUGAUCUCGGUCUGUUGGAGCAGUGAAGGGGUUGGUGUGUUCUCUCUCAUGUUGAAGGGAGGUCACCCUAAGGUGAAAUUACUCUGGGCAGCGGGAGGACCCACUCUUUCACCACUGGUAUCCAACGAGACAGAGGAGAUAGGAGAUGACGGACAGAGGGAGCUGAAAAGCGUGUGCGCCCUGGAGAGGUCCACAAGCCUGCCAAGUCAGACCAACAAACAGCUGGAGAGAUUGAAGAAUGGACAUGCAAUAAAAACAAAAGCUGCCGUCACAGACCCCGACGCUGAAGGAAUAGAAUACAUUGAUGAAAAAGUGGAUGAAGAGAAUAACAACAUUGACAGGGACGAGGAAACCAAGUCAGAAGUGGAUGAGGACAGUGUCAAAGAAAGAGAGCAAGGCCCAGGAGCACUGCACAUCAACAGAAUCAACUUGACGAAGGGUCCCAGAGGAAAUGAGAGAGCACGUUUGAGAGUCUGCGUGGAGAUCACACACCCUGCACUCAAGCUUCCUGUUUAUCGAACCUGGACAGAGCCCAAUGAGGAAAUCUCAUCUUCAACAUUAAAGCCCUGAUGUGUGCAAGAGUGCCUUUCGAUCUCAUAUAUCCCAUAUAUCAAAUAUAUAUCUCUAUAACUUUAAAUAUGAAGUAGUAUUUUUAAGGAUAUCCAACUGUCUUUGAUGUAGUUUUGCUUUGUCUUUAUUUAUUAUCUUAUAUUCUUAAUCUGUCCCUGUUACUUUUUUUCUAACUUCAUGAUUUUU